AUGGCGUCAUCUUCACACGGCGGCGCUUCUGGUCGGAUAAAGAACUUAGCUGCCACCUUUGGUUCCGAUAUUCAACCUUUCAUUUCGGAUAUACGAGCAACAGUGGGCGUGAUGAAGAAUAUUGCAGUUCAAUUGGAAAAAGACAAUCUUCCUGACAAGGUGAAGGAAAUGGAAGAUGCUGCUGUGGAGUUAGUUGACUUAUCUGAACACAGUGUGCAUUUUUCAUCUGCUGUUCAAGCUUUUGGUAAUAGAUACCAACCUGGAGAACAGUUGACUGAUUUUCAUAAGGUAUUUGAGGAUGAAAUUUUGCAGUAUAAGGCCAAUCGAAAUUCAGAUGUUCAAAAACAUCCUUUAGUGCGCCAAUUUAAGGAAGCUGUAUGGAAGGUGCAUCAUGAGGGACAGCCAAUGCCAGGUGAAGAGGAGGAGGACAUUGUAAUGACCAGUACCCAAUCUAAUAUUUUGAAUUUUAAAUGUCCAUUGAGUGGAAAGCCUAUUACUGAGCUUCAAGAACCAGUUCGCAGCAUGCAAUGUAGGCACAUUUAUGAAAAGCAGGUGAUAAUGCAAUAUAUACAGUCAAAGAAUAACCGUACUCGAUGCCCUAUACCGGGUUGUCCAAAAGUCUUGGAUGCAAAUGUGCUGAUACAGGAUCCAUCGUUGGCUGUGGAUAUCGAUGAAAUGCGAAAAAUGAACAACAAAGAAACUGAUGUAGAGGAUUUCACCAUGCUUGAGGAAGAUUAA